AUGUUACCGUCCAUCAGGGCCCUGCUGGUGGCCAGCGGUUUCCUGCCUGAUGGACGGACAGAAAGCCGAGGCCUUUGGAUAGCGGGGCGAGCCCAGAAGGUCCGCCGUGACCCGGGGCGUAGCAGGACUUGCCGGUCACCUCCCACUGAGGCUUCAGCUGCAGGGGCCCGAGAUGGGGCUGAGACACCGUGCCGGGAGCACGGGGUGCUGGCCGUGCAGGUGGCUCCCAGCGCCCGUGUUUGUGUCAGAAGUCUGCGCCCUCCCUCUGCUCCUGAGUGCCAGACGCUGGUGCCAGGCCGCACCUCGAGGACCCAGCGCCCCGGUCGAGACCUGCCCCAGGCGUUCGCGGGGCUGAGGGCCCAGCCCUGCAGGCUCGUGCUGGACCCACAGCAGAUCAGCCGUGUGAGCUCGGCUACGCAGGAGCCCCACAGGCUGCCUGGACCCUCUGCCGCGGGGUGCUGCUCCAGGGCAAGAAGGCCCGUGCUGGUGGGUCUGAGCCGCCUUCUGGUUUCUCGAAUGAGCUGGCUGAACAGGGUUGACCCAGAUCUGCCGGCCGAGAGCAGCCCACCGCCCCCAGGAGCCUGCGGAGUCCUCCCGGUGCCCACGUGGGCUGCUUCCGUGUGGCAGCCGCCUCCUCCGGACGCCCUGCCCUUGCCCGGAAUCCGUGAGGUCAGCAGGUGGAGAGCUGCACGGUCCCUCAGGCUGUGCGACAACGCGGCUGCUAAGUGGGGUGAGAAAGCGCUGACUUCCUGCAGACCCGAGCUGUCCCCGGCUCGAGCUGUGUGCCCAGCGGGCACUGCUGAACAUCCAUCCAGCCCUCACACUGACCCGGCCCUGCACGUGGGGAGCAGCUGCCUGUGUGGUUUGGGGGCCGGAUUUUAUGGGGUCGUGCCCCUCGCAGGAGCCGCACCCUACACCAGUCCUUCCCAGCUGCCAGGGAUGCUUACCUUCAUAAAAACCGAGGAGACCGCUCGUGGGAACAUGCAGAACUGA